AUGGCAUUGCGUCAGAAGGCUCAUGCGCGCAAGCGGGAGAAGUACUUGGACGUGUGCCUCAUCGAUGCACUACGGGGCCACGGCCACAAAUGCGAGUAUGCAGCGGAUGGGCCCUUUUGGGCCAUGCGAGACGGCAACAGGUUCGUGAACCCACUGGGGAAAAUCAUCCGCCGCACGGACUGGCAGCACAUUGUCCGAUCACGGGACGCGAAGUUUCUGGUGGCGGCUGAUGCACACUUCAUGGCUUUGCGAAAGCAAGAUGGCUGUCUUCAGCUGAACCACACGAAUAGAACGCACAAUUGGGAAGCAGUCCAGGUCGAUGAUAUUGAAAACCCGGUGUCUUACUCAGCUGAACAUGGAUGGUUUCUGAACCCACGCUUAUGCACGGGCUUCUUUGCCAUAGAGGACGCGGCGGUUGGCGGCACUUCUGGCGGAGAUGUGCUGGGUGGGGCGUGGCAAGACUUGCCGAAUCACGUCGAUGUGGUCACAAUACUUGGAGACUUGACAUCACUGGCCCGAUUCGAUCAAACAAGCACAGCGGCUCAUCGUCUGGUCACAGAUUCGGUGACGUGGACAGGAAGCAGCCCUGGACUCAUCAACUCCCAGGCCGUGCGGGGGGACUGGUUCCGCGGUGGCUCUGAGCUGAGUCGAGCACUGCGGUCUUCCCGCUUCCUUACAGUGGAGUGGCCAAGUGCACGUCGCACAAUGCUGCUAGCUGAAACAAGCAUGACGAUAUGGCGCACAGCCGGAUCAGUUCUGGGACCUCUUCGUUUCAACCUCUGCGCAGCAGAUAUGCCAGAAAGAUGCAUCAUCUCUGUAGGCUCCAAUAUGGAGAGAUGCUGGUGCGAACUUGGCAAUUUACAGGGCGAGGUGGUACUGUGUUCCAUGAGCCACAGUCGACGGGACCGGGAAGCAGCGACACGCACGUGUCGCAUGCCUUGGAGGCCCAUGGAAUCUGAUCGACAACUACACGUUCAAUGGGGACAAUGCACUUUCCAGAUCUGCAUGGACGGAUACUUGCUUGGAUGUUUACCGCUGGAACAUGGGCAGUUUACACACGCAGCACAGGUUGCCAUCCACAUCUUUUGUACAAGAGAGUCUAGAUUGGUCACCGUGCCUAUUCACAGCUCACUCCUGCCUACUGAACUAGAUACAUCUUGGGUGUUUGACUGCUACGACGCACAAGGCGGAUCAAGCGCGAUUGCAGAUCUACAAGGUGGAGCUUCAGAUUGGACAGACACACUGUCGCGUGCAGCUCCCUGGCUGGAGGGUAUGGCAGACCUACUCCGCCUGUCUGCGUGCAGCGAUGCGCUGCGAACAGCUGUGCAACACAAACAAGUCUGGCUGGAUGAACGGAUUGAGUUUAAAUCCUUGCCGAGCCCGGUUUUUCGUGCCAGUACAUUUUUCAUGGUCUUCGGGAAGCUUGGCAGACAAGCGCCAAGCGCGUGUAUUGUCCACAUGCGCUCUUGCAUAUUUUCACUGCCCUGGGUGAUAAACUCUGGCUUCGCGGCGAUGGCGAAUAUGUACCAUGCUUGA